UAAAAUGCCUGUAGAAUUUCAGUCAAUUCCUCAAUGUGUAGUAUUUCUGUGUGUUCAAUGUCCUUCAGGUCUGUCACUCGUGUCUGUCUUCAUCGUUGUUGAACUGACCGAUUGCAAGGUUCAGGUUUACUGAUUGCUGUACAGCUAGCGAACUACUCUUUGCCAACGUAACGUUAGCCUACACUCUUCACUCGCGAACCUUGGUUUGGAGUUGAUAAAAACUAGCUACGCACGAAAUGGAAUGCAGAGUGUUGUCAAUACAAAGUCAUGUUGUCAGAGGAUACGUCGGGAAUAAAUCGGCAACAUUCCCUUUGCAGGUGCUGGGGUUUGAGGUGGACUCAAUCAACUCAGUACAGUUCUCCAAUCAUACAGGCUACCCUCACUGGAAAGGCCAAGUUCUGACUGCCGAUGAGCUACACGUUCUGUAUGAGGGCAUCAAACUCAACAACGUCAACCACUAUGACUAUGUGCUAACAGGGUACACCAGAGACAAGUCCUUCCUGGAGAUGGUGGUGGACAUUGUGCAGGAGCUGAAGAGGGCGAACCCAAACCUGGUGUACGUGUGUGACCCUGUACUGGGAGACCAAGGAUCAAUGUAUGUUCCAGAGAACCUGCUCCCUGUUUACAAGAACCAAGUGCUCCCCGUGGCCGAAAUCCUGACACCCAACCAGUUUGAGGCGGAGCUGCUCACAGGGAAAACCAUCAGCACGGAGAAGGAUGCUGUAGAGGUGAUGGACCUGCUCCACAGCAUGGGCCCUGAUACUGUGGUCAUCACCAGUUCUGACCUCCCAUCCCAAAUGGGGGAGCAGUUCCUGGUGGCCCUGGGGAGCCAGAGAACAGUGAAGCCGGAUGGUACCAUGGCCACCCAGCGGAUCAGGAUGGAGAUCCCGAAGGUAGAUGCAGUGUUUGUGGGGACGGGUGAUCUGUUUGCUGCAAUGCUACUAGCUUGGACUCACCAUCACCCUAAAGACCUGAAGACAGCUUGUGAGAAGACGGUCUCUGUCAUGCACCAUGUGAUUAAGAGGACCAUAAAGUUUGCACACGAGAUGGCAGGACCGGGUCGAAAGCCGAGCUCGGCGCAGUUGGAGCUGCGGAUGGUGCAGAGCAAAGCAGACAUAGAGGACCCAGACAUUGUUAUAGAGGCCACCGUGCUAUAGAAGAACCAUCUCCCUAUCCGGCUGACACAACCGCACAAUAUUUAGAUGCUGUACAUGACCUGUAAUGUAACAUUGCCUUAGAAUCUCUUCCAGAGCAGAUUUCCAUGAGCCAGGAGCUGAAUAGGGUUGGUGGGGUGGGUGAGGCUCAUGGAGACUGGACAGAGUCGAUCCGUAGAUAUUUCACUUCUUGUCUCUCACUUACUGUUUGACUACUUGUCUCAGCUAUUGUAGCAUCUCUGUAUGUCCUGCACACACAGUGCAGCAGGCCAGCCACACGGUUAUAUGGUGUCUGUGUUGACCGUAACUGGACAGUGCAUGUGAGAGUACCCCCAAACUCCCUCCUCCUCCUCUCCUGGGUUCACAGGGCCACAAUUUUGUGGUUCAUGUGCUUCUGGGUUCAUUUUUGUGCCGUUAGUGAAACUAAACUGCAGGCUUUUAAACACAUUCCUUGGCUGCUGAUUGGACCUCAUGAAGGUGGUCCGAUUUUGGUCCUAUUGCAGUCGUGAGGUAGAAAUGUAAUCUGUCACCAAGUGCUCCAUUAUCCUUGUGGAGAUUAAAGCUGUAACUCUCAGAAGAGGAUGAAAAUGACACAAUUAAACAGUAUUUGCAUUUUAUUUAAUCAUUCAGGAGAUAAACUUGAUCUGAAGAUCAAAUCUUUAUCAUUAACAGUAGCUUUUAUCCAAAUGAUUGAAGAACUGUAGCCUAAGUAACAUGGGUGUCUUACACAAUUUUAAACCUUGCACAUUUCCACACACUUAAUGUUGCUUUUUUGUUUCUUUUAAAAAAUGAAAUAUCAAACAUUUCAAAAAUUCAAAUGCAUUGUUCAUGUUUAUGUAUUUUAACAUAGUUUUUGUUCAGUGAUUUCAAGAUCGUGACAUGCAAUGGGAUUUACUCCCUUUUAUCUGAAGGACUUGCAAUGAUAAUCAUACACUGUAAAAUCACACUUAAAACGCGUGUUUCAUAAAAGCGUCUCUGUAUUGUAGUCAGAAGCAAUCGUGUAAAAGGGUUUCUUGAAUUUGUACCAGCAAAAAGAACUGGAAGUUAGUCAUUCUUUAUUAUGUUAGAAAGUACCAAAUUUCCAGGUGCUGUGUUGUGGUAGACUGAUAACUUUCAAAUAAAACCAUACAUCUUCUUAUUAAAAUUGA